UUUUUCAAAUAAUUUUUCACUUUCACUCUCUUAAGGUUAGAAAGCUGAGUAGUUUGCUUUUUUUAGUUAUCGAUUUCGAAAAUGGUAAAACAACAGUUACAAAUAAAAGUAACAUUGGAAGGAAUAGAAGAGCUGUAUACUAACCACCCAGAUUACACAUUUUUGGUGAAAUUCAAGUGCAUCAAUUGUGGAGAAAUAUCAGAUAAAUGGCAUGAUGUGUGCGAGUCUCAUACAUUUCCUGGUAGAUCAGGGAAAUAUGAAGUCAAUUUCUGUGCAAAGUGUAAAUUAUGCUCUCGAGAAGGUACCGUCGACAUUAUUGCCGGAAGUAAUGGAAAAUAUACCAAUGAUAACCAGGGAAAUUUUGCUCCCAUUGUAACCUUUGAAUGCCGGGGAUUUGAGCUCAUCGACUUCACACCAGGAACAGGAUGGAUCGCGAAGGUAGAGGAAAGCGCAACAAUAUUCAAAAACGUUGAUCUGUCAGAUAAAGAAUGGGUUGAAUACGAUGAGAAAAGUCAUCAAUCUGUUAGUGUUUUUUUACUUGAGUCGAGAUUUGUUCCAGUGAAAUAAAUAUUAAAUAUACAUAUUG